UGAUGACUUAUAGAGCGAGAUGACGAUUUUAAGACGUUGGCGGUAAAAAGGAAAAAUAAAGAGAUCGAUACUUCAUACACUGAAAUAGAUAUCUAUAGAUUUAAAAUUUAUAAAAACUAUACUGAAAAUUCGUCACAGAAUGAGUUCUGCGAGCAAGGUAGGAGAAAUUUUUACGGCAGCUGGGGCAGCUUUCAGCAAAUUGGGAGAAUUAACUAUGCAACUUCAUCCGACUGCAGAACAAAAUACGAGCGGUGGGAAAUGGACAGACCAAGAAAUUGAGUUGCUGCGAACAUCUGUGAAAAGAUUUGGUGAAGAUCUCAAUAAAAUCAGUGAAGUGAUCAAAAGCAGAACAGUGUCACAGAUUCGCAACCAGCUGAAGAGAAAAGCAUAUGAGGAUGCGGGACUUCAGCCUCCAGUUACCUCCCCUACAAAACCUUCUGCCAAAUCUGUGCAAGGUGUUGCUGAGCAGCAUGGCAAGAAGCAGAAAACAUCAGAGCCAGCAGUAAAGAAACAGCGAACAUCAGUUGCAGAGGUAACCCUGUCAGCACUCAAUGCUCCAGAGGGGGAUGUUGACAUUGAGGGACUAGGGGACUCCUCUGCCAGUAAGAAACUGGACUUCGACUCAGAUGUUGAUUCCAGCAUGCUUUGACACCUUUACACCAGACUUCAAGCAUGAUCUACGUCAUAGUGUUCAUCAUUAAGGGAGAACUCCACAGAAGACUUGAUUAGUCAGCGAUUACACAUCUGUUUGCUGGACCAGUAGACCCCUGUCUGUGGUUUGGGUUACAUUUUGUGUGGUGUUUUCACCUGGAAAGGCAGCAUUUCCCACUCCACUGUGAAGGCAUCAACAGCCCAUCCAAACCAAGCUUAUUUUAAAGGGGGAAGGCAAGAUGUCACCUUUUGCCAACCAGCAUGCAGUCGUGAUCAGUUGUAAUUUAUUGAAAACAUUACUCUGGUCAAAGUUUUUCCUAAAUCCCCAGACACUAACCACUUCUCAACUAAGUGCUUAUGUCAGUUUGAUUAAAAACUAAUUUUAAUGUGACUUGUUUAUGGCUGCUGUUCUUGUUUAUGAACUAUUUUUGACACUUGUGAUACACUCAGUCAUCAUAAGAACUGAGCACACGUCCUUGUGUCCUUUGUUAAUGUGACUGUAGGCAGAGCUAGAUUGAGAUAAACUAUUUGGAACCUCAUUCUGGUCCUGAAAUCAUUGGUUUGUCAAAGUCAUUGCUGCUGUAGAGGUACACUUGAAUCUGUUCCUAGAGAGCUAUGGGAUGGCUGUUGAAAGAAUUAUCAUCUUCUGCUUAAUCAUGGACGAAAUGAGUAGGUCCUGUAUCGUCAAUGAAGCACGAGAGAUGUUGGUCCUACUUGCGAUCUUGAGUGUAAAGAUUCUCUUCAGAUAGCAUUGAGAUGAAGAUUUAUUCAUCUUAAAGCAUGUAUUUUCUGUGUAUAUGGUUGUCUGUAACCCUGUCUGGAAAGCAGCUUUCAGAUGACUUCUACUUUUAUUUCAGUAUUUAUUUUUACCAAGAUUCAUUUUUUAAAUUUCAUGUAUUUAUGAACUGCAAAACAGUUGUCAUCAUUUCAUCAUCAGCGACAUGCUGUGAAUCAUCAAACCACAUACUUAUUUUAGUAGUUGAAUUUUUUUUCAAAAGUAUGUCCCAUUUAAGCAUGAAGGCAAUUACUGUUUGAACUGCAAUGACAGCAAGGAGUAGAAGUGAACACUGAAUUAUGUGUGUGUUGGUGGAUGGGAGAAAGUUUGUAUUCCUGUGACCUGUCAACCUUUUUAUGUCAGUGAGUCUUCAUUAACAAAUGCCAGUGCUGAGACAAUUUUCAUAGAUGUGGAUUCUAGUAUGUCAAGAGUAGGUAUUGAAGAUUAUCGGAUGUUUCUCUGAAGUAAAACCCAUUGGAAACGUAUUGCUAGUGAAGUAAUUGAUAAAUUAUUCUGAUUUAAGUUUGUUAUGUACCAUCACUUUCUACAUUCAUGGCAGAACAAAGCAGAUGCUUAACUGCUUGUUCUAAAGAGGGUUUUUGUUUCGGUGGUUGAAAUUUGAUUGUACAUGUACUCCAUUUGUUAUUGUGUUUGUUACAUUCUUUUAAAAGCUACAUCAUAAUAAUAAUAGUUAUAAAAAUGUUGAUUGUUAGAGUACCUUUCCCCAUCAAGGUGGGGUUUAUGAAAACACAUAAAAAUAACGUGCCAGCAGCACCUGGUUGUGAGAUCUGGAACUGAGCAAGUAUUGGUGAUUAAGAAACCAGUAAGAAAAUUCAUGCAGCAAGUGGCAGGAUAAACACACUUCUCAUAGUAAGUCCAUGCCCAGAUCUGAAAUGUAAGUGGAAGGAAAUGACUGACAUGGCCCACAAACGAAGAUUAAACAAUCUGAAGACAAUUGCAGAAAAAUGGAUGCAAGUAAGAUGAACAGUAGGCUGCAAAGACUGUUAGUGGACUUAAGGUGAAAACAACUUGGCACAAGUAUAACAAACAUUUAAAACAGGUAUAAAUGACAGUGAAAAGGACUGAACACCAAGAUACAAGUCAUUGCAGGUCCAGGGACAACAAGAGAGCAGUUCCUUAAACUGGUCACAUUUUACAUAUACACACAGGUAGUAAAAUAUGUAAGUCUCAUAUCUUACAUUUAAUAAUUGGGCAUUAAUUUCCUUAAACAUAGUCUUGAAGCUGUUAAACAUUGUUGCAGAAACAUACUAUUGCAAGGCAGACAUUUCAGAAAUAAAGAUAUUGGUAACUUCUUA